ACUCCCGUAAAAGAAGGAACGCUCGACGUUCCCUUCGUUCAUUCACAACCACCUGCUCGCCGAGGAAGCAUCUACCCCUCUGGUUCAUCUGACUCUUCGACCCACCGCCGACCAAGUUCAGAGGAAGAGCUCGCCGAUGGACAGAAUGAGGAGCUACAGGACUUCCGGUAUCCCACUGACGGUCGGCGUUUCCGUUUGCGCGCUAAUCCUCCUACUCUUCGCCAGUGGCACUACCCACGCUAAACGUGGUUGCUCAGUGUUUGGUCACUCUUGCUAUGGUGGUCACGGGAAAAGAUUCGAUCCACAUUUGCGAGAUAACGACUUUUCAGAAAGCGAAGGGACAACGAGUGACCGGAAUCAAGAAUUAGAUACUGUACGUUUCAAUGACUUCGCUAUGCCUCUGCAAAAGUUUGGGGAACAAGAUAAGAUGCUUCUUCCUCAGACACGUCGUCAGGAGUUUUUGAAAGUCAAUCCUUACACAUUAUCGUUCAUCGUUGGACAAUGGUUAACAUCGCAUCGUCGGCUACAUCAAUCGGACCUGGAACUUAAUAACAAAUAAGUGAAUAGGCGUUCUGUUGAAUUCUAGAUUUACCACUAGAUAAUAAAACACAUGAAAUUGAUAAAAGCGAAAGUUGUAACGAUACGUUUUGGUUGCUAUAUCGUAACGUCUUUAAAUAUUUCUUCGAUUCAUAGAUAAUAAUAAAUUAUUAAGUAAUUGUUGGUACUCUCUGUAUAUUGUUUCCAUUUGAAUUACAUAAUAAGAUGUUAUUGUACUUUGCAACUGUGGCAUGUAUUUAUUGCUUCUUUCUGUAAUGAAUUAUAGUUAUUUAUACAUAUACAUAUAUAUAUCUAAUUUACAUUAUGUGUAAGCAUAGAAUGAAC